AGGACACUGUACUUGUUAUACUUAAAAAAAUAAUAGUCUAGUCUUCCUAUAAAGAAUAUAAAUAGAAAGAGCCAUAUUUUGGAAAAUAUGGUAGCGCACAUAUCAUAGGAAGCUGCAAAAUUGUUUUACACAUGUUAUACGGUCCCUUUGUGUAAUAUUCUCCUCAUAUACAUAUUUUUUUACUAUACUUUCCCCCUGCCAAAUUUAUACUUGUUGUCUCAUCAAUCAACAAUGUCCAAUUCAAAAGAAAUAGUUGACUCAGUCAAGGAUGUCCCUAUAUGGGAAGAGUAUUAUGAAGCAAAGCAUGAGAAAAGAGAUGAGGUAGUAAUUACUCAGUGUCGACCUGGUGAGAUGAAAUUACUAAGAAAGCUAAAGGAAAUAAGGAAAUAUAUAUGCCAAUAUAUCAUUAACCGCUUAAUUCAAUUACAGAACUUGAUUAAAACGUAUAGAAUAGAUUUUAUAAUUGUAUUAUUAUUUGUAACUUGUUCUAUAGUCUACGCUGAAAAAGAUUAUCUCCCCCACUUUGUUGGUCUUAUGACUCUAAUGCUAUUUCUUUGUCGUGUCGUUGAUAUAAUUUUAUACUUUACAGGUAAUAAUCAAAACCAUAUUUAA